GAGCCAAAUAAUAAACAUGAGUGCAAGGAUUCAAUUCCUCCGCUUAGAAAAGUGGAAGUUACUAGACGGCGCUAACAACCCCGCACUGAAUUACCCCAACACCCCAACUCCCCAAGUUCUCCACCUUCGGGUGAAUAAUAGAGCGACCCAAUAUUCCGUGUGCUUUAUGCGCGUUCUGGCAAGGAUAAAUAUUUAAAAACCCCAUAAGACACCCACUUGCGCCUGCCUUUCUUUCAUCUUCACGCUUCUUCCCCAAAUCGACAAGAUGAGUAACGCGAUCACAGAAGAAAAACCGACCUUGUCGGAGGUCGAAGCACAUCCCACCUCCGCCGACGUACCUGUUUAUGGUGACGAGAAGAUCGAUUCUGACAGAGCGCGCGCCAUCAAUGCAGAGAAAGCCGAACAUGACAUGACUGUGCUGCAGGCUGUGAAAGCCUACCCCGCUGCCAGUUGGUGGGCAUUCGUUAUGUCAUGCACCAUUAUCAUGGAAUCCUACUGUGUUUUCUUAAUGGGUCAGUUCAUCGCCACACAAAAAUUCGCCGACGAUUUCGGCGUAAAGAGCGGCGUGACAGGACUUUAUAUCAUCGAAGCUUCGUGGCAGUCGGCAUUCCAGUGUAGUGGACCUCUCGGCGCUUUCAUCGGUGUCUUCUUGGCAGGUCCUAUUACGAGUAAGAUAGGGUAUCGAUGGGCAACGAUUAGCGGUCUCAUGGCCCUUAACGCUUUCAUCUUCAUCUUCUAUUUUGGCAACAGCCAGGGUAUGUUCUUCGCGGCUCAGAUCUUGGAAGGCAUUCCGUGGGGUAUCUUCAUCGCCAAUGCACCCGCCUAUUGUGCCGAAAUUGUGCCAUUGAGAUUGAGAGCGCCAGCGACGCAGAUGCUGCAGAUGUUCUGGGCUAUUGGCGCAAUCAUUGUCGGUGGUAUCACUUACCACUACCAAUCCAAGAAUGACUCUUCAGCGUACAGAGUUCCUAUUGCACUCCAAUGGAUGUUCCCUACCCCUCUCGCCAUUCUACUCUUCAUCGCGCCCGAAUCCCCCUGGUGGCUUGUACGUAAAGGCCGUCUGGCUGAGGCAGAAAAUGCUGUCAGAAGACUUGGGCGAGCGAGUGCAAACGAUAACCCCGCUGACGCAGUCGCGAUGAUGCGACGUACGAUCGACCUCGAGAAGAGCGUGAAACAGCCCAAUCUUGUUGAACUGUGGAAAGGUACUGAUCUCUACCGCACCUUAAUUGUCUGUGGUGUAUACGCAUCUCAGAAUCUGACGGGCAAUCUAAUCGCCAACCAGGCGGUGUACUUUUUCAAACAGGCCGGCAUGGCAGACAACACUGCAUUCGCUCUUGGUCUAAUCACUUCUGCCCUACAAUGGAUCAUGGUCAUGCUAUCUUGGGUCCUCACUACAUACCUCGGUCGUCGCACUAUCUAUGUCUAUGGCCAAUUCAUUGCCACUGGAUUUUUAGUCGCGCUCGGUAUUGCAGCCUCAGUUGGUGAUAGCAAAGCGGCUAACAAUGCGCAAGCAUCUCUUGGCUUGCUCGUCUCCGUCUUAUUUUGCUUGGGACCCGCCCCUGCCUCAUGGGUCAUUAUUGGCGAGACCUCUUCCGUUCGUCUUAGGCCACUAACAACUGGUAUUGGACGAGCCGCCUACUACUUGGUCAAUAUCCCUUGCAUCUUCCUGGCAAGUUAUAUGCUCAAUACUGAUAAGUGGAACCUGGGCGGUAAGAGCGGCUACGUCUGGGCUGGUACUGCUCUUAUUUGCAGUCUCAUGUCUUGGUACUGGGUUCCAGAAAUGAAGCAUAGAUCCUUCCGUGAAAUCGAUAUCUUGUUCACGCGCAAAGUACAGGCUCGCAAAUGGUCGAGAACAGUCAUUGAUAUCAACGAUGAUGAGUAGAUUGAAGUUGUUUGAAGAAGCGCUUAAGUAUCACACCUUCAGGAAUGGGCGGUAGAGAGGAGUUUCUUACUGGAUAUUGUCCAAUAAUUAUUUUAAAGAUUAGCUGCAUAGUAAAGAUCAUAUCAAAACCAAUAUCAUGUUUAUAUCGCAUUGAUAAUGAUUGAAAUUAAACACGAGUUCAACA